GGGGACGAGGUUAGUAUAUAUCAAUAACGAAGGAGGCCACUACGCGGACGUACCUUGGCCAACCCGGUGUGGUACACUUUAUAGGAGGUGGACCCAGAGACGAGCAGCCUUUGGGGAAUUGCACAAUUUAGAGGUGUUGCAAGCAGGAAUUCCAUUGACGAGAAAAAACGGUCCUGCAAAAUGGUCAUUCAACGAAUUGUUGACUAUUAUUACUAUCUAUAUGAAAAUGGAGAUGCACGAUCUGCACACCUUCCACUUGUCAAAGACCCCCUGUAUGUCUUUGUUCCGGCAGUUGCUUAUUUGGUAAUGGUAAUGUAUGGCCCAAAGUUUAUGGAAAAGCGAAAUCCCCUGCAAUUACGAAAUGUUUUGAUUGGAUACAAUUGUUUUUCAGUUGUAUUGUCAAUAUACAUGAUGUGGGAGUUUUUUGCUACAACAAUUCUUAAUCCUGAUUUUAAUCUUCUCUGUCAAGACAUUGUACCAACUGACACAUCUCCAUUAACUAUAAGGCUGGUCAACGCACAUUGGUUGUAUUUCUUUUCCAAAUUGAUAGAGUUUUGUGAUACAUUCUUCUUCGUAGUGCGCAAAAAAAAUAACCAAAUCUCAUUUUUGCAUGUGUAUCAUCACGUCUCCAUGCUUGUUUUGCAAUGGACUCUUGUGAAAUUUGUUCCUGGUGGAGUGUCUUAUUUGGGACCGCUGUUGAAUUGCUUUAUCCAUACAUUGAUGUAUACGUAUUACAUGUUGGCAGCGUUUGGACCACACAUGCAAAAAUAUUUAUGGUGGAAGAAAUACCUAACAAGGAUGCAAAUGGUUCAAUUCGCUGUGAUUUGUACGUACAUCUGGAACGCUGUACGCAUGGAUUGUGAUUACUGGAUGCCGUUUUUAAAAUUGAAUGGCUUAUUCGUUUUUUCAUUGUUGUUUUUAUUUGGCCGGUUUUAUUUAUCUUCAUACAGUGAUAGUAAGAAAAGCAAUGUCGAGAAAAAAGAGUAACCAACUAUAGACAAUAUGCGAAUAUAAUUUUAUCACCUUUAAUUUCUAUAAUUUGUAAAUCAAGUGUUUUGUUCUUUGAGAAUUGAUGCCAGCUCAUUUUUUGCCAGAAUAAAGGGUGGAUUCGAAAUCAAAGAUGAAAUAUUGGAACAACUUCUGUUUUUCAUCAUAAGUAGAAAGUAAAGUGUUUUUACAUAUUGAAGGAGAAUAUUUAUAGCGUUUUUUGCAACGACAACCUUUCUUCUUAGUGCUCCAUCCUCGUUUCCAAGACUUUUUGCCGAUGCUUGCUAACUAAACCUUGGGAGCACUGGAAGCUGGGUUGUUAAAGCAUAUAUAUUUUAUUACCUAGUAGUUAGUAUUUAUCAGUUUUGAUUUAUUGUAUUCAUCCCCAGUGUUUUGUCAUUUUUAAUCAAGGCAAGCUUUAUGAAGUAAUGUGUACUAAUUUUUUAUUGAUUUUUUAUUAUUAUUAUUUUUAUUGCAGUAUAUAUUGAAUUUGCAAUAGUUUAUGUUUUGUUGAUUAACCAUUGUUGUUGUAUAAAAUAAUAAAGUCGAACAAAC